CAUAGACCGGAAGUUGUGUGUGUUUUGUUCCGGUGCGCAGUGUACGCGCUGGAGUUUUGAAUGGAAUGUGUGCGUGAGUGCAGUCAGUCUGUUUCCGGGACACACGUGGGACAGGCGGCGCUGCUCGGGACAGAGGGGGACAUGUGGGACCCGGAUGAAGUGGCCCGGGUGUGUUAUGAGCGCUACAACGCGCUGCCCCGCAGAGGGAAACCGGAAGGAGGUCGCGAGUGGACGCAGCUCGCGGCGGUGGUUCAGGUCACGCGCUGCCCGGAUACACACUGCGUGCUGAAGGAGGUGGUGGCUUUGGGGACAGGAACCAAGUGUAUAGGACGCAGUGCCAUGAGCCCUAAAGGUGACGUCCUGAAUGACAGCCAUGCGGAGGUGAUCGCACGGAGGAGCUGCUUACGAUACCUGAUGGAGCAGCUGUGUGUGGUGAUGAGAGGAGGUCACAGCUCGGUGUUCUGUCGUGCCGAUCAGACGGGGAAGUGGAGGAUUCGUCCUGACGUCUCAUUUCUGUUCUUCUGCAGUCAUACACCAUGUGGAGACGCUUCCAUCAUUCCCAUGACGGAGAGCAAGACUCAGCAACGCCCCCUGCUCCCACCAGCCAAUCAGGAGUCAGCGCAUGGAGACAGGAAGCGGAGUGCUGAGAGUGAGACGUCUGGAGUGAGGAAGCGUCUCAGAGUAAACAGAGAGAGGGACGUCGGUGAUGACGGAAUGAGUGUAGCAUUGGGAAGUGUGUGUGUGGAGGUGAGCUUGGCUGAGCAGGUGUGUGACGUGCACCGCACGGGGGCGAAGUGUGUCCCUGGGAUGCCGAGUGACCCGCGAGGUCCAGGGCGGGACUUUCAUACUGUGGGUGCUCUGAGGGUGAAACCAGGCCGUGGAGAACCCACACUCACUCUCUCCUGCAGCGACAAACUGAGCCGCUGGUGCACGCUUGGCUUCCAGGGGGCGCUGCUGAGCCACUUCCUGCAGGGAGGCAUGUACUUCAGUGCCGUGGUGCUGGGAAAGUGUCCUUACAGCCCACACGCCCUUCACCGGGCCAUCAGCAGAUGUGCGAGUGUGACGGGUCUGCCAGCUGGAUUCUCUCCACACACUCCUGAGCUUCUGCAGUCCAGCGUGGAGUUCACACACGGCCGCACACACACACUGCAAUCCCAUGAUGCCUUACAGCAGGGCCGCGUGGUGCCGUGUGGAGCCGCCAUAAGCUGGUGUAGCGUCUCCUCUCAGCCUCUGGAUGUCACUGCUAACGGCUACAAACAGGGUGUGACCAAGAAAUCUCUGGGAACUCCACAGGCUCGAUCGUUAGUAAGUAAAGUGGAGCUUUUUCACUCCUUCCUCAAGCUACUGGAGUUAACAGAUGACUCUGAGCUUCCAGACUCUCUCAGGGGAAAAGAUCUGAGCUCAUAUUUGGACUAUAAAGUAGCAGCAGAUGAAUACCAGCAGGCUUGGACUGGACUGCGCACACAAGUGUUCACUCUGUGGCCUCAGAGCCCUCGAGAGCUACUGCACUUCACCUGAGACACACACACACACAUUGUGGAUUUCAUUUUAUCGCCAUGACAACGGCUCACCUUUAAAUCGUGUAACUUGUAAAUGUUAUAAAUUGUUUUGAAUAUUAAA